AUGUCUUCCAGGACCCCUACCUCCGGCCGCAUCAUUGGUGACCUCCUCCGAACCACCAGACCAGGACCGUCAUGCGACCAUCUUCGCUUCCGGCAAGCAUUCUGCAAAUCCACCCGACAUUCGCGCCAUGUCUCGACGGCAACUCCUAAUCUCUCAGAGAUGGAAGUCGAUGCAGAAAACCCUCCGCGUUGGGCCCAAACGCCCCCAGCACUGAAGGCCCCUGUGCGCGUGCGACCACCCCGGAUACAAACACCUCUCAAGAUCAAUAAGGACCAGCGGAAGCUAGAUGAUUUCUAUGUCAAGUUUUUGGGAAGAGACGGAGACAAAAUGCUGUCGGAAGAGACCAAAUGGCUGGCUGUCACGCACAAGACCUUCGACGCUGGAAGGAGAGGAUUCAACGACCGGCUCGCAUUUUUCGGCAAGCGAAUACUCGAGCUCCAAUGCUCUCUCGCGCUGAUAAGCGUCGCGGAUGCCUCACGCUACCUGAAGAGCUACGAGCAGGAUCCCCAUGGGCGCGAACCCUUUCGACACCCUGCAACUGAAUCCGUGGAGUGCCUCUUGGGUGGCGCUCAUCAUUGGUUUACAAGUCACAAGCAACUCUCGACUCUGGCGGAACAGUACGGCUUACCGGAAGUAGUACGGUGGCAUCCCAGAGAUCCCGAACGUCUUCAAGCAUCUGGCUCUGAACUAGUUUACUCGCAAGCCAUCCUCGCCAUCAUCGGCGCUCUAGCCCUGGAACAAGGCGGUGCCGUUGCGAACCAAAUAGCAAAGGAGAAGGUGCUCGUGCCGCUUGGGCUGAAAUUUAACUGGAAACCCAAGGCAGAGCUCGCGCAGCCGGCGCCAUGA